AUGGCUGAGGAGCUCAUUGCACUUGUUAUCAAUCAUGUCACUGAGAAGCUUCUUGACCUCAAACUGGUUCUAAUCAUCUUAGACACAGGGAUGAAGACCCCUCUCAGCCCCUCUCAGCUCCUGGAGAGAGGGCAGAUCUUUGCCUUUGGAGGGAUGUGUCAAGAGCUGAUGGACCCGCCUAUUCCCACCACCAUCAGUCUCUCCAUGCAGCAGACUCCAUCCACAGGUCAGAGCGGGACUUACUCGUUGUGUGACGUGUGCAACCUGCAGCUGACCUCUGCAGCUCAGGCCCAGCUGCACUAUAAUGGCAGGUCUCACCUCCGGAGGGUGAGACAGCUGCAGGCUGGAGAGACGGGACAACAGACAGCAGCAGGGGCUCAGUCCAGGUCUCUUCCCCAGGCCACAGGGCUCAGCUCCCAGCCUGCUGGACUAACUCCCACCCCAGGCCUCUGCCCAGGCCUCAGCGUUCCUACCAGCUCCACUUCAGUUCUCUGUGUGGGCAGAGCUGAAUCUGGGUACUGCAGAGAUAGCAAAGACGUGUUUUGA